GCCCUUAGGCAUUUAAAACAACAUCCGGGGCUGACCAAUACAAUCACGUGAUUAGAUGGCAAAGAACGAUUUCAAAGUUCUUGUCGGGUGUACAGGCAGCGUUGCGUCGGUAAAAGUACCAGCUUUAGUAGAGGAAUUAAAGAAUGAAUCUCUUGACGUGAAGGUUGUUGCGACCGAUGCUUCUUUGCAUUUCUUCAGUGCAGACAGUGUGUCAGUGCCUGUUUACACAGAUAGAGAAGAAUGGAAUGCAUGGAAGACGUUGUCCGACCCUGUGCUUCAUAUAGAAUUGCGUCGAUGGGCAGAUCUGAUGCUCAUUGCUCCUCUGGAUGCCAACACGUUAGCAAAAAUUGCCAAUGGCAUCUGCGAUAACCUACUGACUUGCACUGUUCGUGCAUGGGAUCGGAAAAGGCCACUGAUAUUUUGCCCUGCAAUGAACACUCACAUGUGGGAACAUCCCUUUACUGCCAAACAGAUAGGAAUACUACUAGAGGAUUUGGGAUAUAUCCAAGUUUCUCCUGUUACCAAGAAACUAGCAUGUGGCGACUACGGCAAUGGUGGUCUUGCCCAAGUGAAGACAAUCGUGGAUGUGGUUUUGCGUGCUAUUGGAAAUGAACAUUCUAAGGAGCGGAGAGAUGAGACAUGAUUGAGACUGGAGUCUAGUCAUUUAAUUAAUGUAAAAUUCAAGAAAUAAGCAUAUUUGAGUUAAUGUAGAUCUCGAACUGUACACUGUCUAGACAGAUUUGCAAUGGUCUAGAUCAUUACACUAUGUAUUUAAAUUGUCCUUAGAAUAUCAUAUGAUUUCUACUCUUUCACAUGGCUGAGAAUAUGAAUAUGUAGGGCUGCGUUUAAUUAAGAAACCAAAUCCGGUCUUUAGA